AUGCCGCGGGGAGCGGCGCCGCGGGCCGUGCUGCUGGCCGUGCUGCUGGCGGGGCUCCUGAGGGCGACGGGUCGCCUGCUCAGCGGUCAGCCAGUCUGCCGGUUAGGAACCCAGAAGCCUUGUUAUGAAGUCAUUUACUUCCAUGAUGCUUCUCAAAGACUGAACUUUGAGGAAGCCAGAGCAGCCUGCAGGAGGAAAGGGGGCCAGUUAGUCAGCAUUGAGUCUGAAGAUGAACAGAGACUGAUAGAAAAGUUCAUUGAAAACCUCCUGGCUUCUGACGGCGAUUUCUGGAUUGGACUCAGGAGGCGUGAGGACAAACAAAGCAAUGGCACAGCCUGCCAGGACCUUUAUGCCUGGAUCGAUGGAAGCAAAGCAGCGUUUAGGAACUGGUAUGUGGAUGAGCCUUCCUGCGGCAGCGAGGUCUGCGUGGUCAUGUACCAUCAGCCGUCGGCCCCCGCCGGCAUCGGGGGCCCUUACAUGUUCCAGUGGAAUGACGACCGGUGUACCAUGAAGAACAAUUUCAUCUGCAAAUAUUCUGAUGGUAAUGAAUCCUCUCCCAAGUUAUGUUCUGAGUGCAUGUGUCUCUCUCCAGGUGAAGAGACAGAGCCAGCAACACCCGUACUUCCAGAAGACACAGAGAAAGAAGAUGCCACAGAAACGCUGAAAGAAAGCAAAGAAGCUGCCUUGAAUCUUGCCUACAUCCUAAUCUUCAGCAUUCUCCUCCUCCUUGUGGUCACCACAGGUGUAUGUUGGGUUUGGAUCUGUAGAAGGAGGCAACCGGACCCCAGCACUAAGGAGCAGCGCCCCUCCUGGCCGGCUUCUCAGCCCGGGAACAGCCCGGACCUGGAGGUUUACAACGUCAUACGAAAGCAGAGCGAAGCUGAUCUGGCCGAGACCCGCCCGGACCUACAGAACAUCUCGUUCCGGGCGCGCUCGGGAGAGGCCGCGCCCGACGCCGUGUCUUGUGACUAUGAAAACGUGGCCGUGAACCCGUCUGAAAGCGGGUUCGUGACGCUGGGGAGCUUGGAGAGUGGCUUCGUCACCAACGACGUUUACGAGUUCUCCCCGGGCCGAGCGGGGAGGAGCAAGGAGUCCGGAUGGGUGGAAAAUGAAAUAUAUGGUUAUUAG